AUGACUGCGAGAAAACACGUCUUUGGUGUGGUUGAAGAGAAUGAACGCGAACGGGAGGUUAUAUUCUUGCCGUUCACCGGUUAUCCUUCACUAUCUGUUGUGAAGGAAGAGUACGCCAGUCACGGACACGAGUCCUCGCAUGGGUGGCAGGCUGAAAAGAAGAAAGCACGGCUCGUCUGGUGGAAUUCGACGGAUUCAGAAGAGCGCUUAGCAAUGUAUAAUUGUCAUGAAUUAGACCUUUCCUUCCUUUCCCGCCGAGACUUGUAG